AUGGCUCAGAAACAGAUGCAGCUGGAAGACUGGCUGGACGACCUAUGCGUCCGGUUCAUCAUCAAUCUUCCGCAGGAGGACCUGUCUUCGGUUGCCCGACUGUGUUUCCAAGUUGAAGAAGCACAAUGGUUCUACGAAGACUUCAUCCGACCCCUCGAUCCGGCCCUCCCGUCCAUGACGUUGCGCACCUUUUGCUUGCGAAUCUUCCAACACUGUCCCUUGCUGGCUUCCUUUUCGGUUGAGAACCAUAUCAAGGCAUUCGAGGAGUUUCUGCAGUACAAGACCCGUGUGCCGGUUCGUGGCGCUAUUAUGCUCAACAGUGAGCUAGAUUCGGUCGUCCUCGUCAAAGGCUGGAAGAAGGGCGCUAGCUGGAGUUUUCCACGUGGCAAAAUCAACAAGGACGAAGAUGAUUUGGACUGUGCGGUCAGAGAAGUCUACGAAGAGACCGGCCUGGACCUCCGAGAAGCAGGGCUGGUGCCAACUGACGCGAAACCGAAGUACAUUGAAAUCCCUAUGAGAGAACAGCAUCUCCGACUCUACGUCUUCCGGGAUGUCCCCAUGGAUACGGUUUUCCAGCCUCGAACGAGGAAAGAAAUCAGCAAGAUUGAGUGGUAUAAGCUGUCCGACCUACCCACUCUUAGGAAGAAGGGCCCCCAAAACAACAACCAUCAAUACGACUCCAGUCCCGGGACUAAUGCCAACAGGUUCUACAUGGUCGCGCCCUUUUUAGUUCCUCUUAAGAAAUGGAUCAUUUCCCAGAAAAAGAUUGAUGAGAAGAGGUCCUUCAGUGGAAGCGUCCAGGCCAACCCUGCUUAUUACCAACACAAGGCCAUUGAGGAAGAUCCCACCGAGGAUGAGGCGUGGGCGCCCAAUGUGCCAGCUCCCAUGCCGGCCAUUGAAUCGCUUGAUGGGGCCACGAGGGAGUUACAGCGCCUGUUGAAUUUACAGCCAUCGGCUCAACCACCGGUUCCAGUAGCUGAGGCGGCCCGGCCGGCAUUCCAACCCGCGCAAGCCCCUCCUGCUCCAAAGGAUAAAGGCAGUGCUCUGCUUUCUCUUCUCCAGUCCUCGAGUUCCGCUCCCCAGCAUGUACCUCAGGCAGCCUCCCAGCUACCAGAUUUGCUGGCGACGCUGAUGCCGGCAGCAAGACAGCCCCAGAACCCACAACAAAAUGUCCACGCUGUGCCUCAAGCCAUACCUCAAGCCAUGCCCCAAGCUGUGCCUCGAGCCGUGCCUCAGGCUCUGCCCACCUUUCACCAGCAGCUUCCAAACUUUGUCGCACCGCCAAACCCGAAUUCUGUUGCAUUGAGUAUCCUGCAAAACAGGAACGAUGGCCAUAUCAGCGGUACACCGCCAAACCGCCCUGCUUAUCCAGGAUAUUCCAUCACGACCCAGCAGCAGACUUUUACCACUAGCUCCACUGUCAAGACCAACCCCAUGCAGCCGCUUCAAAUCCUUCAACGAGGACAGACCAUCCAACAGACUCAACAGAUUAGCCCCCCAGAGCCUCCCAAAGCUAAUCUCGCUCCGUACGCCGGGUCCUAUGAUCAACCAGGACAGCCUCGUCCUGGACAAGUCGUCCAGCCAUCGCCUUCUACUCUGCCGAUCCCUUUGAGCUCUUCAUCUGCAGCAAACAACUACAACUACAGACCUGAAGUGUCACAAGAGCAAAAGAGGCAACUCCUCUCUCUCUUUGGUACAUCGAAACAAGCUGCGACAAAUGCCACGCCUGAGCUUGCCGGCCAGACUGGACCACCUGCGGCUGGGAUGUCUAUGCCUCGUGCCGCAUCCAUGGCAUCGGGGCCUGCUCAGGGGCCGGCGGGACAUCGUAAUGCACCGCCGUCUCGCAAUAGCAAUAUGACGCCCAUUUCUCAGGCCGAUCAAAGCUUCUUGCUUGGCUACUUGCAAUCUAUUACAAAGGAUACUACGCGUUAG